CUGCUGGGCGCAUUAUCCUUAUCAUUGGUAUCCUUCUCUAAUCGAGGUUCAUUCGUUGAUGACGCUUGUGCUACUAAAUUUUUGACUCGAUUGGAUGGAGCUUCUCGAUAUGCUGGUCUUACUGGCGUUUGGGGAAUAAAUAAAAGAAAGAUGGGCCCUCUGGUUUGCUAUAUACUUCUGGGGUCAUAGGCUUGAACUGCCGAUGUUUGCAGCUUGACUAUAAUUCUACGAACAACAGCAGGCUGGCACACUGGUCUAUUGAAUCAAUCUAUUUGUGACUUGUUGUGGGAUACCUGUUUGGUAUUGCAACAAGAACGCCAUUGACCAAAUAACAUACAUUCGGCAGCAUGGCCGAAGAUGUGGCUAGAUUUGUUGCCCCUCUCUCACAGGGCUUUGGCUAUGGUAUAAUUAUUGGACUGGGACUUGCUUUUGCUCUGUUGAUGGUCUUCAUUACUUGGGCUUUGAAGAGAUACCAGUAUGAAGUGCAAACCUCGGAAAUGUUCUCGACCGCUGGACGAUCCGUCAAGUCCGGCCUGGUCGCCGCUGCAGUCGUUAGCAGCUGGACAUGGGCCGCCACACUUCUCCAGUCUUCUGCCGUAGCAUAUCAAUACGGAGUCUCGGGGCCGUUCUUCUACGCAUCAGGCGCCGUUGUGCAGAUCAUUCUAUUCGCAACCCUCGCGAUCGAGCUAAAGCGACGAGCCCCGAACGCGCAUACCUUCCUAGAAGUCAUCCGCGCUCGCUACGGCACCACCGUACACUGCGUCUUCAUCGUAUUCUGCCUGAUGACCAACACCCUUGUUACCGCUAUGCUUCUUACAGGUGGCUCCGCUGUCUUGACUUCUCUGACUGGGGUGCACACCGCCGCGGCCUGCUUCCUCCUUCCUAUCGGUGUUGUGCUGUAUACGCUAUUUGGUGGGAUUAAGGCGACGUUCAUCACGGACUACUUGCACACGGUCGUCAUUAUCGUUGUAAUCUUUAUUUUCGCAUUUUCGGCAUACGCAACGAAUGACAGACUGGGGUCGCCGGGGGCUGUCUAUGAUGCGCUCGUGGCGGCCUCCACGCGGCAUCCGGUGGAGGGAAAUGCCCAGGGGAGUUAUCUGACUAUGCGGUCUAAGGAGGGUGGUAUCUUCUGGGUGAUUAACCUUGUGGGGAAUUUCGGAACGGUGUUUCUGGACAAUGGGUACUACAACAAAGCCAUCGCUGCCAGCCCCGUGCACGCCUUUCCAGGAUACGUGAUCGGCGGCCUUUGCUGGUUCGCCAUCCCCUGGCUUUGCGCCACCACGAUGGGCAUCUCAGCCCUAACACUGGAGGGAUCCCAACGACUCAGCUCAGACGACGUCACAGCGGGUCUCGUGUUACCAUUCGCCGCCGUCAAACUUCUGGGAUACAGCGGAGCAGUCUGCACGACGCUGAUGAUUUUCAUGGCCGUGACGUCUGCUUUUUCGGCCCAGCUGAUCGCCGUAUCCUCGAUCCUUACCUACGACAUCUACCAAGCGUAUAUCAACCCCGCUGCUAAAGGAAAGACGCUCGUUUGGAUCUCGCACAUGUCUUGUAUCUUCUGGGCUGUGGUAAUGGCUGCAUUCGCCACGGGACUCUACUAUGCGGGCAUUGGCAUGGGAUACUUGUAUCUGCUCAUGGGCGUGAUUAUCUCGUCUGCCGUGUUUCCCGGCGCAAUGACCUUGUUAUGGAAGGGGCAGAAUUGGAUUGCCGCAGCGGCUUCACCAGUGCUGGGCCUCGCAGUAUCGCUCAUUGCAUGGCUUGUGACAGCGAAGACCGAAUCGGGUGUAUUAACAGUAGCUACUACCGGAGCGAACUACCCAAUGCUCGCGGGCAACGUCGCCGCUCUCCUCAGUCCAAUCAUCUUCUCCCCAGUCCUAACCUACCUCUUCGGCGCCCAAAACUACAACUACGCCUCAAUGCGCGCCAUCCGCAAAGUCGACGACAGCGACGUCGCAGCCGCCGCCCACAUCGACAUCGAGCUGAUCCCCGGCGAAGCCGCAUCCCCAACAUCGUCGCCCCCCGACGAAGAACGCAAAAUGAACCAAGCAGCCACGUACUCGCGCGCUCUGACCAUCGCUAUGGUGCUGUGCUUUCUGCUGCUGUGGCCGAUCCCGAUGUACGGAUCGAGUUAUGUUUUCAGUAAGAAGUUCUUUACGGGGUGGGUUGUUGUGGGACUGAUUUGGUUGUUUGGGACGACUUGUGGGGUGGUGGUUUUUCCGCUUUGGGAGGGGAGGGCGAGUAUUGUAAGGACGGGUAGGUUGAUGUGGUUGGAUUUGAUGGGGAGGGGCAAAGGGAGAAGUGUGCUGGAGGGUCGUGGGGAGAAAGAAGGUAGUAGUAUGGAGGGAGUAGAGACGCCGACGGAGGAGGUGAGUGGGAAGGUGUGA